AACUUUAAUUACGUUGAAAAUGCAAUCAUUUCUUCUCGGAAUCGUAUGCUAUACUGUCUUGUUGGGAAUAAUCGGCUCCAAACUUUCUGUUGAAGAACUCACUCUUAUCACGAUGCCACUUGGAGUUCUUGCUGCUGUGUUUUUAGCGUCAAUACUUCUGAUAAUAUCUGUGGGGCUCCUGCGAGAUAACAUUCGUUGAUGAUGAGCAGCUAUUCACCAGCACAGAAUGUGCCGACCACACCCUCCCUGAUAUCUGAGCGACUGGAGCACAGUGGUUACAGCUGGUGGGAGUCGCCAAAUGCUGUUGUACCAGACACGGGCAAUCGUUUUGAGAAUCCAGAAACUUUGGCAAAUGUGGUACCACGGACUCCACAGCAUCGCUUCCCUAGGUCUCCAUGGAACACGCCACUAAAUGAGGGCAGGAGCUCAACCUUCUUAACUCCUUCAUCUACGACCACGCCCAUCCUUACACCAUUAUCAAGGCCCACACCCUUUUCAAGAGCAAUGUCAACCGUGGCCACGCCCCUACUUGGGGCCACACCAGUUCAUUCAACAACGCCAUACCGAAGUCUUUGCUGCAAAGAUCUCCGCCGACGGAAACCAUAUUUGGGCGAAGAGCAAAUUGUUCCAUUCACGCCUAAAUUGAACGAGGCGGCUACGCCAAAAAGACCAGCUUGCAUACCCGCCAUGCCGGAUAUGCGAGGAGAAGGCGAUGGCAGGAGAACGUCGCCACGAGUUCUGUUGUCCCCAUCCAACAAUCACAGACAUCUAGACCUGUUCAGUGGAGAGGACUAUUUCGACUGAAACUAUGAACAGAUCUGGCUGUGCAAACUUACAUCUGUAGCAAGCGAGGCAGACAUGUCGUUCUUUUGUACAAGUUUGUCGGUCGUUAACACAAUUAAAUGCUUCUAUUGA